AUGGAUAGAAUAUAUACUUCAUACCGGCAGAAUAAAAAGGGCGAGAUCUUUAAAAUACCCUCGCAGAUCUAUCUAAGCAGAAAUCUUCCUUGUGGGUUCGGGUGCUGCGGAAAUAUAAAUCCAAGGAUCCAGGAGUCCCUUCAGCACUCAUCUACGUUCUAUAUUGUGUCUGAUGAGUUUCUAAAUGACUUUGUUUCCUUCAUAGAGACAAAAAGCAUUAGAAAUGUCAUUCUAACCAGGACAGCACUCUUGGAGAUAAAGAAAAAGUACAUGAACACGCAUAGAAGGCUAGAGAUGGCAAUAGACAGGUACAAUCUUUUUGUUCUUGAAGAUAUCUACAGCGAGGACAUCUAUACGUAUAACAAGGAAAGAAAGUCUGCAGUGGACUGCUCAUACUAUGAGAUGAUCAGCAUGUGGUAUGGCGAGCACAUCAAAGAGUGCACAUUCAUGGCAGUUCAUUCCCAGAAAGAAGUUCCUUCAGAGUAUCCAGAGGGACUAUUUCUAUCUACACAGUUUAGCACACACUUACCAGAGAUUUCCAUUAGAGAAAUGUUUCCAACAGAUGAAAAGUACAAUAUGCCGUAUAUGAGCAUGGAGGAGGUCGCUGAAUUGAAGGACAGAAUUGAGGUUGGUUUCAUCUCCAUAGAGGACAGAGACUCAGGCGGAGUACUCCUCUGCAACAUUGAAGGACACCAAAUCCGAAUAGAAGUUCCAAGAGAGCAUCUUAACAGAGCAAUUGACAGAGAUUAUGUAAUAGUUGAAGUACUUAAGGAGGCAGGAGACGUAUACAUAGGCCGAGUGGUUAGCGUGGAGAGAAGAAAUAGAAAACCCUUCCCAUGCAGAAUAAUAAAGACACUCGAUGAGAGUAUGUCGCAUGUUCUCCUUGAGCCAGAGAUGAACAAUCUUCCAAAUGUCAUAUGCCAACUGACAGCGCGCUCAGACAGCACACAGCAUAAUAUCCCAGAUAUUAUGGCCAGACUAGAAAAAAGUGUUCUGUUAGUAGUAGUAGAAGAGUGGUACGAAAAUGAAAAAUAUCCCAUUGGAUAUAUAAUAAAGGAGACCGGAGAGAAGGAAAGCAUUGAGGCAGAGACAGCAGCCCUUCUUGCACACCAUGCUAUUCUGGACCAGGCAUUUGAGGAAGCAGCACAGGCUGAGUUACCCUCUGAAAACUGGCAGAUAACCCAGGAGGACUUGGCAGAAAGAGAGGAUCUUCGGGACUAUCCUAUUGCAAGUAUAGACCCAGAAGGGUGCAUAGACAUAGACGAUGCUCUGCAUGCAAAGUACAACACAGACGGCACCAUUGAUGUGGGUGUGCAUAUAGCAGAUGUCACGCACUUUGUAAAGGAAGACAGUCACUUGGACCGAGAGGGAAGAAUCAGAGGAUGCACUACGUAUCUGCCAAAUAGAAGAAUAGACAUGCUUCCACCUCUUCUGGGAACAAAUCUGUGCUCUCUUCAUGAAAAUGUGGACAGACUUGCAUUUUCUGUUGUUUGGAAGGUUCGCCUGGCCCAGGAUAAAGUGGUUUUCCUUGACAGGCGAUUUGUCAAAUCGAUUAUUCGCUCAAAGGUGUCAUUUACAUACGACCAGGCCUCUGCAGUUCUUAAGACAGGGCAGUACAGUUCCCAGGAGAUUCUGAACUCCGUCCAACUUCUUAAGAAAAUCUCUGUUCUUCUGAAGAAGAGUAGACUGGAGACUGGCGCAUUUGUGAUACACUCAGAUGAGUGCAGAAUAUCAGCAAGAAAUGACAAGUACUUUAAAGACAUACUGCGAAAUCCUGCAGAGCACAUUAUUACAGAAGACAGCCAUACAGAAGAGUAUGAUACGCACUCUCUUGUGGAAGAGUUCAUGUUGCUGGCAAACCAGCACGUGGCCACCUUCAUAUCUAGCGUGUACCCAAAGGAGUCUCUAAUAAGAAUCCACCCAAGGCCAUCGACUGCAGCAUUCAAGGAACUGGAGACAGCUCUCUCCAGGCACACGCGCACACAAGUGGUGCUAGAUCCGCAGCAGCCCUCAGUGCUUUCCAACACACUAAAGGCAUACUCAACAACAGAUGAGCUGAAGAGCACAAUUGGAGCAUGGGCGACAAAGUGCAUGACCCAGGCAGUCUACUCUCCCUCCUCCAUCGGGUGCAAGCUUCACUAUGGGCUGGCAAUGGAAAACUACACGCACUUUACAUCCCCGAUCAGAAGAUACGCAGAUGUAAUUGUGCACAGGAUAUUAUACAGCGCAAUUCACCGCGAGAAAUACUCCCCUAUCACGGAAACACGUCUGGAAAGAAUCUGCGACUCGGUUAACAGAUCAUACAGAAAUGCAAAGAUGGUUGCCCGGCAUGCGAACCAGCUGUACGUGCGGUAUCUUAUCAUGAACCAAAUGGUUACUGUUGUAAUUGUGGGGAUAUCUUCUGCAAAGGUAGAGGUGUAUCUUCCAUACUACGGAAUAAACGGGAUUCUGUGUCUUCCAGAGUCUCUUGCUGUUGUGGACGGGUGCAUAUCUGAUGGGCGAAAUAUGAGAAUAAGCGUGUUCUCCUCUGUAAAGGCAGUUCUUGUGCCAGAAGUUCGAAAAGUGUUUGCCUUCAAUCUUGCAGCUUAA